AUGCUUGUGCUGCGGGCAAUCUGCGACCCACACUCGCGCUUCGAGGAUGGUUUCAUCCCGGCCGCAGCCUCCGGCAAGCCCCGCCCAGGCAGGCCCGCCAUGGACGACGCGGCGCAGUACGUGUGGAAGAAGAAGGCGGCCAUGCUGGGCCCGAGGGCGGCGCGCGGGGAACCACCGGGGGGGCAGGAGGGGGGCCCUGCGCGCGCCGGUCCGGGCGCAGACUCGCGCCCACGCCGCCAGGCCGCGCCGCCGUCGCUAUCGACCGGCAGUCGCGGGCGAGCCGCGCGCGGGAGCGGAGGUCGCGCGGAGCGGCCGGCCAUGCGGCAGAAGCGCGGCGAGGCGGGGCUGUGCGCGGAGCCGCAGUCCACGGCCAGGUCCGUGCUCAAGUCCGUGCUCAAGAGGACGGGCAGCCGCAAGGCGGGCAAGGCGGCGGCCCCGCUGGUCGCCGCGAGCGCCAGGAAGAAGCACCGCGUGCAGUUCGACGAGUCGCUCAACAAGUUCUUCGACGCCGACUACGUGAUCCUGAUCAAGGAGGAGGACGACCCUGAGGCCGAGUGCUACGAGGAUGACCCGGAGGACGAGGAGGGCGAGGUGUGCACGUGCAGUCUGGGCGCGGCGCAGCGGAGGGGCCGCGGCUUCGACCUCAACUUCCCCGAGACGUGCGCCUUCGAGCCGCCGCUCCAGUUCGUGGACCAGGUGACCCUGAGUCCUCCGGAGGGCUACAAGGACUCCGUGGGCCGCCAGCCGCGCGUGGACGCGGCGACCGAGACCCCGGGCGGCGACAUCUCUCUGGAGGUCGCAGAGGACGAGGAGUCCGAACACCUGGAGGACCACGACUCCUCGACACCCGCGGAGACGGCCCAGCGAUGCGGGUCGGAGGCGGCGGGCAGUGUCGCAGCGCGGGAGCGGCCUCUGACGCCAGAGGACUGCCGGAGGCCCGAGGAGGCCGAGGACAUCCAUCUGCCGCAGCCUCGCGCCGGCGCAGAAAAUGGGAAGUUCCAACAGCAGAGGUACAUCGUGGAGACUAUAACAAUGACAACGGUAACGGAGAGACGGAUAGUGAGGGAGGCCGAUGACAAACAUCGAAGGGAUGCCAAGUCGAGAAACUGUUCUGCAGAAUGUGACAGCUCACGUCUUAACGGCAUCUUGAAAGGCGGGAAGUUGUGGAAGAGCACCGAUAACUCGCAUGCGGUGGACGAGACAUCCACAUCAUUCUCGGCGAUCAAGGAGUCCGAAAGUUCGAUCAGCACAACGGGACGGAGGUCAGUCCACUUCUCCGAGCAAGCUACAGGCCAGGAUGUCGCGGUUGGGCACCAGAUGUCUGGAAACGAAGAGGCCUCCUCGCCAGACUCGACCGAGUUGACGCUCACGUUCCGCUUGGGCAACCACGUGAUGGUCUCCAACAACACCCGGCCCAACUCCGCCGUCAGGCAGCUGUUCCCAUCGUCACAGAGACUUUUAUCGCCCCCGCCACUACCACACCGGGAUGACGAAGACGAUGACGAUACCAUGCAGCAAGAAGGUAACCCAAGUAAACACCCGAGUGAUGGAGUGUUUACUGUGACGGCAGAGUCAUUGCGAGCCUUCGAAGAGUCCAAGCGCUCAAAAACAACUGCUUCGACACAGCAGGCUGUUGUGCAGACUUCAGCUGCUGGGGGAAGCGACAAUGAAAGUCCUAAGACACAGAUAAGGCGCACAAUCGAAAGGAAUGCUCUCCGCAGAAGUUUGUUACGGUACUCUAACAAUCCUAGCAAGAACAAGAAAGUGACUAUCCCUGUAAAGAAAAACCCAGAGAAUUCUCUAGUGGAGAGAAUACGAAAACUAACCUGUGAUAUUGAUGAAGAGGAUACCGAUACCAAGUCAGAUAAAACUGAAAGCAAUAAAGCAGGAGUUGAUGUCGCCACAGAAACACUAGCACCUAUUGCGGUUAUAGAGCAGAUACCACCUCAAAGCAGCCCAACUGGGGAAGAAGUGAAAAAAUCACUCGAAAGAGCCGCUAAAUUUAUCGCAUCUCCGAAUUCAGAACACUGUGCUCGAUUAGUGGAUAAAACUGCAUCGCCAUCUGCAUCAACAUCAUCUUCCAACUCUUCUGGGUCAAGUUCUUCGACUUACAAGAAGCUAACAGACCUGUUCGCUCGUCGUAACAAUGCCAUACCAGAUUCUCCCACUGUAUCGGUUCAAAAUGAUGCAGACAUUUCUCAAGUUUCUCCUCCUCUGUCGACAGCUGAAUCUCAUCAUUGGGGCACCUCAAGCUGCCACCACUCGGAGUGCACACAAUUCAAGCCCCCUGAUCUUGGGAAUGGUGCCAAUUCCAUUGUGAAUGCCAACCCUGCUAAGGACUUUGCCGGUGCUGUCUCUCCAGGAUCAGUGCCAGACUGCGAAAAAAACUUUGUCGGCCCAAAGUGUGCAGUGUCAAGGAUGAGUGUCACGGCAGAGGCGAGGAAGCAGUUUCUGUCCACUCUGGCACCCUUGACGGCUUGUGUCAGUGCCCCGCAUGGGGUGCUGGACGAAGAGCGAUACCAGCAAGUGGCAGCAGCUGUCCCGUCAGACAGAACAUCGGUCACAAGCUCCAGCACUGGAGAGGAGACCAAUUACACUCUAGAUGACAUCGACGAAGCACUGAAAGAAGAACAGAAAGCUCCGCAGCCGGACUUGGUGGUCGGCACGCAGACGGACAUAAAUGGGGGAGGUGCUGUCGACGAACUUGCUUUGUUCGUCCAGCAAGAUGCUGGUCGCAUCGAGAGGAUAAAGAAGCGGUACGGUUUGAACAGUUCCGGGGGGACCCCAACUGCCUCAGACGAUGACGAACAUGAUGAUUAUGGCUUUAAUAGACGUCCCUCGGUGAGAGGCAUCAAACCUCGGUUCUGUUCCACUAGCGAGAUCUUGAAGCAGAUGCAGUCACAGCUGUAUCCGCCAGGACUGGCGUGCUCUGCACGGGUCACGUGGCCUCAUUGCCAGCCGGUGACAACAGAUGACUCGAGCGCAACGUAUCCUUCGCGGCGAAGGAGCACCAUGCCAUCGAGAUGCGGUGCCACCAUGCCCGUCCUGCAAGAGGAGAACCCUUAUGGAUCCCCUAUCGACGUGAAACAGCAGUCGCCUCAGCAGCAGCCCGAGCUAGAGAGGUCGCGCCGCUACAUCACGCCCAGCCAGAUCAUGUAUGCAUCAACAGGGAACCUGUACCAGCAUCCACAGCAGAUCAUGAGGAUAGGCGGUGGCUGCAGUGACAUGUACCUGCCUCAUCCAGCAGCCUCCAACUCACCACCUCCUAGACCCUACCCACAGCUCCAAGACCCUCACUUCCUGGUGGACGACGAGCGGUUCUCCUCGGUGCAGAGCCUGGACCGGAGCUGUGGCGGCAGCUUCAGCCGGCGGACAGGGCCUUUCCAGCAGGGCCUGACAGACAUGAGGGUGUCUCCUGUGUACACUGCGCCCUUCCCCGACUCGGCAAUAGUCGAACCGCACUACAGCACCCUGCAGUACGCCAAGACGGGGCCAACAUCGGUGAUCAGGCUGGGGCAGGGCCAGCAGCAGACCAUCAGGGUGCCGUACCCCUCGGGCACUCCCGUGCAGGUGCACCUGCUGGCCAGGACGGGGGUCGGCGCGCCGAGGAGCGACUCCCCGCCUGUGGGGCACCAGGCACCGACCUCCCAGUUCUGCGGGCAGUACCCAUACCCGUUCCCCGCGCAGCCAGCGCACUACGCUGUGGCGCGCGGUACUCAGACGCCCGUGCCGCCCAAUGCCAGGUACUGCACUCCCCAGCAGCCCAUCACCCGCACCUCGUCUCCCCUGCCGUCUUCCCCCACCAGGAGCAAGUUCAGCGAGCGGGGGGUUCCUGAGGGAGCCGCCAGCUCAUCCCCCAGCUUCCCUCAGGACUCGGCCUACCCCUCCACCCCCGCUUCCACCUCCGUGUACUACGCCAUGAACGUUUGACACGAUCGCACCUACUACUACUACUGCGGCGUGCUGUCCUCCAACGAAUAGCUGUCUUUGUAUCGUCUGUCUUCGUGUCCAGUCAAUCACGGUGCUUCCCUUCGCAACAGCAGCUCGGAGAGGCCAUCUGCGCCUUUGUGGAAUCUCUCUCGCAUCUCGACCGCAGUGGAGAAAAUUGCGAGUUUCACCCAGUUACUGGUCUUUCUGUAUGUGCGUAGUUAGGAGAUUUUCCCACCAAAUAUUGUUCGUACUGUUUUCUUUAUUAAUUUGUAGUGUAUUUGUCUACCUGUUGAAAAUCAUCCCAUUCCAUGGAAAGUACAUAAAAUGUGGACAACAGGUGUAGUUACCAUUCAUGCGCAUCAUCUCUCAACGUUGGAAUAAAGAGAUUUUGUCACACGAGUGAUCAACAAACUGACUGAAUUAACUUUUAAAUAGACACUUGUAUUUUGAUAUUGUAUUUUCCUGUUAGAAAGCCAUUAUUUUAACAUUAUUUAUUUGUAAAAAUAACAAUUGUAAUUUUUAGCAUUCAAAACCAAAUAUGUUGUUUGAAUGUACCUCAUAUUUUAUAAUAUGUAUUCUAUUAGCUCUAAGUCAUCAAAAUGUUAACUAGUAGGUCAUGUAUUAUCUUCACUAAAUAAUGCAUAGACAUGCUCUCAAACUGUGCUAUAACCAAAAUAUUUGUUAUAAUCUAUCGUACUAUAACGCCCAUGGUUACCUAUGAAAAUUACACAUAGUUAUUAUUAUAUUUUAAAUACAUUUGUCGUAAACAAUAAUGCAAAGUUUUUGAAGAAAAAACUUUUGUGAAAGAAGGAAAGAUGUUAAGAGUUUAUAUGGGCGUGAAAAAUUGUAUUAUUUGUAAAUGGAUUACUGUCUUUCAUAGUGACUAUGACCUGUAAAUAAUUUUAUUCACUGAAAUCCACCAUUUAUAAAAUGGUGAAGUGUUGACUGUAAAUAUCUUCCGGAGGUGCAUUUUUUUAAGGUUCUAUUCUUACAUUAAAUUUAGAACUUAAAGAAUGGCCUACAAAUGCAUAAAGAUCUCUUUUUCACUUAGUAUGAGGAAUUAAGUAUUAAGUAAAAUGAUGCUAGAAUUAAAGUAUCAGUAUAUUUUUACAAUGUCUGUAAGAGUAAUAAUUUCAUAAAAACCCCAAAGUUAACAUUACUGUUUAUUGUAACUGCUUAAAAAAAUUAUUUAGUUGGUUGCUUGAAUUUUUAUACCACUAUUCAAACUUUUAAGUAGAUUUUUCUGGUAAUGCUAAGAAUGCCUUUAUUUAAAACUUAAUAUCUAAGUAUCACUAAUAAGCACUUGUCUUUUCAAUGGCAUAAAUAAAUGAAAAAUUAACCCAAAAUGAUUUUCGGGAAUAAAAAUUCAGCAUUAAGUGAAACUCAAUGAGUAACUUUAAGUCGUUUGGUGACAUAAGAAUAGGAGACAGGCACAAACACUCUAUAAUAACCCACUGCACGUUUUCCACCAAGCUUUGUUGCUGGCACUGCAUGCUAGCUCCAUGCCAAACAUCUUAUGUGCUGACAGUUACGCUGCAUCAAUCUAAAAAAUGAAAAUAUUUCACGCCCGCGUUAUGCGAGACAGUAAAGGCAGAGCGUCAAGAGACCACCCUCAUUUAUUUAUAUAUUUGGCAAUAAUGCCUGUACUGGGGAUGGACAAGUAUUAACAGUUUAUUGAGAGAGUGUGUUCUCGCUCAAUUAUUGCAGCCAUCUUGAUCACAUUUGUAGGCUAAAAGAUGUUUGAUUUACGUAGUAAAGUUAAAAAAAAUUAUACAACCUUGCUAGCUGUUUUAUUAUUUGUUUAAUAUAUAUGGUAAGAUGUAUAACAUUUAACGUGAAUUUUCUAUUUAGUUUGCAAGAAUGUGCUAUCAUCGUAUGCGCCAAGGUUACAACCGAGGGGUGACUUCUCAGCUCACUGGAGAGUGAACCAGAGUGGACUAGAGGGCGAGUGAUUUGGCCUAAUAGCAGUUCUGAUAGAAAGGUCCAAUAAUACGAUCACAAAUUUAGGCUGUAAGAAAAAAGUCCAGUUUUGACUUGUACUCUUUGAUUUAUUUUGUAAUCACCCUUUUAUAAGUAAAAUAAUGUUUACUACUGACUUUUAAUACUAAAGCCACAAGAGCUGGCUUUGCACUUUAACAGGCCAUUGACUUUAUGCUAUUUUGACCAUUUUGUCUUAUACACUUUUUCCUGAGCAGCAUAGACAUAAAUGUUAAAGUUGUUCAAGUAACUUACGGCUCUGUCUCACACGCAUGUUUUUUUUUCUUGAUUACUUUUACUUACGGACUAUUUCUAUAAUUUUAAAUUGUUGCCGAGUGGUGUGAAUCUGCCAAAAAUAUUUUCAACAGAUAUUCUCGUAGUGUAAUAUCAUGGGUGUGAAAAGGCAUGCAAGUGUUCAUAAUUAUUUUCACUUGCGCAAUUUGAUACACCAAUUUUUUAUGUAUAUAUAAGUGAAUCCCUUUUGAAAAAUUGUGCAGCGGAGCAACAAAUGCAAGGGUCAUUUAAUUUUUACUUUAUUAGGAAAUACAACAAUAAAUGCAAGAAUAAAUUUAUUACCAAUUAUAUUAAUUAUUAAAAUAAUAAUGGGUGCGUGUACUUAGGUACACGCGUGAGAAGUUAUACUUCUUUGGCAUCAUUAAAAAAUAGUUUUUAAUUGCAUGCAAAUUAUUCUCCAUGGUAGCGUUAAACGUUUAACGCAACCUUGUUGGAAGUCACAUUAGAAGUAUAACAUCAAUAUUAUACCUAAGUACACACACCCAUUUUUUUAACUUUAGAAACAGCAGUAGCUAUUAUUCAAGGCUAUGUUAUGAAUUCACUUGUUUUAAGUACACUUUAUGCAAGAGAAGCACAGGGCAUGUGACAUGUCAAUGAGUUAAAGCAGGCGAGAGGCUGGGUCUGCAACAUACUUGACAUGGGCGGUUGCCUAUGAGGCCAAAACGUUCAUUCGAACGCAAUAGAAAGCUAUUUCAGAAUAAUGACGUGACCUAUACCAAUACAAACUUAAUCAAAGGACCUACAGGCUGCAUGCAAUGAGAAGUUAACUGUGAAAGGGUAUCCGAAUUCUUUUGAUGUUAACGCAACCUUGUGUAUCAAAAAAGAAACAAUUUUUGGCAGUAAAUUGUGUUGACAAAAAUUUACAGUAUUUUUAGUUAGUUUACAAUACUUACACGUUCAGUUUCGUCUUUCGACAGCAAUAGGUAAACAUAGACAGCAGUUGGCUGGCCAAGUAACAGACUAUGGUUACAUUUUUACUAAAGACACUCAAAUACCAAUGGGAUGCAUGUAAGGGCACAUGUGACUCCCCUUUCACAGAAGGCUGCCUUGGCGAUUCUGUAAGGAUCAUUUCAACUAUUCGGAUGAACAACAAAAAUGGCUUUGACAUCCUUUAAGAUGCAUUUUUCAAGGAUCCUGAAGGCUGAUGGUUCCUUUAUAACGAGGCAUUCUUAAACAGCAAAAUUGUCUGUGAAGACAUUCUCAAACUAUUUUUUGGCUUUUCUGCAGCUAUUUUCAAACAAUUCAUGUACAGUUUUAUGUACCUUCUUUUGUAAGAAUGAACAAUAACAGUAUCAUGCACUUUUGUGUUUUACAUAUUUGCAUUUAUUUUUGCCACGGAGAUAAUAUAAUUAUCUUGUUCUCAUGCUAUAUUAACAGCCUUACAUUUUUGUAUUUGUUUCAAUUAACUUAAAAAAAAAAGUAUAAGUUGUCUCAGUUUUUGUACAGUACACUAAUAAGUUUUCGGUAAAGUUGCAGUCUGAGCCUUGUUGAAAGAAACACAAAGAUGGUUUUAUGCAAUCUCAUUGUGUUUUUGAAAUGGUUGGAUUUCAAUAACAAUGAUUUGGCAGUUUUGUUUUGACAGCAUAAAAUAUUUGCAUAUUUUUAAAGCUAAGUUAAACAAUAUCUUUGAUGUUAAAAAUUCCACAGUGGUUGAGAAAUUAUGAGCACUUUUAAUGAAUGAUCACUUGUGUUUAAUAAUUCUUCAGUUUUCAUAGCUGCACAGGAUUCAGCCUUUUCUCUAAGCAAGGUUGGCUUGUUUAAACCAUGGUUUAAACAAAGUGGGUUUUAUAUAAAAACCAAUUUUUUUAAAUAAUGUAUUUUUAAAAAGAAUAUCUUAAUUUUUUUAUAAAUGUUCUAAUUCCAAACUAACAGCAACACAAGUUAGCUCAAUAAUUUUCUUAUGAUUUAUAGGAACAAAAAAUUAUAUUCUAAUCAAGAUCUCAUCAUUUACAUUAUCUGAAUAACUUGUAAACUAUACCCAGCUAAAUACUCCUGUAAAAUUUAAUUGAUUAUUGAAUUGUAGACAUUGUAAAAUCCAAGGAAUUAAAUAAAUUUUUAUUAAAAAAUUCCUAUUCUGUAGGAAACACCCAUUCUAUGGAAAAUACUCUUCUUCUGGGUAAAUACCCUAAAAUCCUAAUCAGAUGUGCACAUUUGCUAGAUUUCAGUUCUUUGAUGUUAUAACUUUUCUGGUUCAACAUGAGUGGCAGAAAGUAGGAUGUUGUAUGGCUUUCAUUUGAACAUGCUGAGAACCAGAAUAACUAAUGUAAUAAAAAAAAACUUUUUUUUUUUUUUCAAACCUUGCCUAUAAGACAUGUAACAAGAAAACUCAUGGAGCUGUACAAUGAAUUGUUUAGAAAUGUACUGUACUAAUGUAUGUGCCUAGCAAAAAAUUACUAAGGGUACACACAUUCACUAUAAAGCCAUGGUAUCUCUUCUGUACUUUGUUUAAGAAAUAGUUUAAUUCAUAAGUAAUUUAUCAUCUUUGUAUAGUUAAUUUUCCAUACAUUUUUAAUAACCUCUACAUGUUAAGGAAAUUGAUAAAAAAAAAAUUAAGAUUGUGGCUUCCACGUCACAGAAAUAGUUAGGAGACUUUUAUUUACUUAUUUUUUUUUUUAGCUUAGUUGGAAUAUUUUUUUGUAAAUUUUCUCAAAAAAAUCAUUUUAACUCUGCCAUUCAUUAUCAUUUCUCUUUUUACUUGAUUAUAUUUGGCUUUUUCUGUUUGGUUUGUGACAAGUAGGCACUUCGAAAAGGAAACGGUUACCAAUGCUUCCAAAAGAUAUAUUUUAUGACUACAAUUUAUGUUACUCACACUGUUUAUUUUAAGCAUGUAACUUAGGGGGGAUAUAUAAAUACUGUAUUCAACAGUGUUUAUGUCAUAGAAUAUAUGUAUUGAGUAUAACUGGACUUUGCUAAGGCAAAGUACAUAAUUUAGUGUGAUACCUGAAGCAAAGAACAAGUUUUUUUUCCCUCUGAAAUAAUACUGUUAAUAUUCAGCAUGUAUGGUCUUAGAAAUAAAAUUAGUAUGUGCUCUGUGAAUUAAAAAAGAAAAAAAAAAUUCAAUAACAGACUAUGCAAAAAUUGUACCAAAAAUGGCAUUUUGCAGUUUAUAUUUCUUCCCUUUGAACCAAUUCAAGUAGAUAACAUAUUGUUAGGAUUGGAUAUGUGACAGCCUUCCUUCAUGUGUAAAAAUGGUUUAUACAAAAGUUUAUUUUAAAUUUAAUGAAAUAUUUUCAAAUCUCAUAUAGCAUUAUUAAAUACUAAAUAAUGCAUACAUGUUGUUAAAAAUGCAAUUUUAUCCUAAUAUUCCUCAUUGCCAAUUUAAAAAGAAGAGAAUGUGUCAUCACGUGCAUUUGCUUGUUGAAAACACUGUUUGAAAAAAUAUAUUUUAAUUUUUAAAAAACUAAUUCAUAGUACAAAUGAUAAAGUAAAAUGGUUAUAUGUUGAAAUUUUAAAAUCUGCCAAAGUUUUAAGUGCUACAUUAUUUUUCUGUAAAAUAGAAUUUCAAUAUUGGGUUUAAUCAUUAUUUAAUCAAAAAUAUAAACUUAAUUCAUUGCAAAACAUUUUACCGUAAUUUUAACUAAUUGUUGUUAUUUUUUACAUAACUAUUGCCUGAUAAAUAUUUCUACAAAAAUUAAUCCAAACAUAAUUAUUAAAAAUUAUUUAUUAAAUUUUGUACAUAUGGAAACUGAGAAUGGUAUAAUAUUUUGUGAAGAAUUAUGACAACAGUACAAUUUGAAACUGAAGGAAACAAUACCAAAUGAAUGGUGAAAUAAACCAUUAGGUAGAUUGUAAAUGAAAGCGCUUCCUUUAGUUAGGUCAAAAUGUUCAACUAGAGAAUAUUUCUAAUAAACAAAGUAUUUACAGUGUUAAAAGUGACUUAACUAGUAACUGUGUUGCUACUGGUGCCAAAAAUUAAAUUAUUAUGUUAUUGUAAAUGAAUAAAACUGAACCAAAGUUUAAUACUUAGGAUAUUGUUGUAAAGUAAUGGAAAUUUAAUGAUCUAAUAUUAUGAGAUUAGUCGUAGAAAAAAAUACGUAUGGAAAUGUACUUAUGUAGCCUUUCAAAGGCAAUCUAUUGUAAGUAUUGAAUUAUAUAUUCUAAUAAAUUAUGCUGGAAAUGUAUCUCAAAUAAAAAGAGAGUUUUCUGAGAGCA